AUGGCUUCAAGUGAGCAACCUGUAUUUCCUUUAAAAACACGACAAACAGCUCGUUUACUAAAUGGAACACAUACAGAAGUAAUGGUUACGGGGUUCCAUGACAAAAUACUUGUAAUUGUUACUCAAUACGGAAGAAUUGGCAGUUUGAUUUACGUGACGGUUGAUUCACUUUCACCAACGGUACUAUCGGUAACACCUUCCACUACCACCAAUAUAAAAUUUCUUUUCGGAUCCAUGACGUUGUUAUACCAAUUGUACGCAUCACAUCUAGCUACUGUGAUAGCGGCAGACAAUCCAAUGGAUGGAAGAUCCGUGGUAGUGGGGUUGGCAUUAAAGAAAAGUGGAGAUGAUGAUGAGGUUGGAAACAAAGAAGUAUUUGAAGAAGUAGUAUCGAUGGUAAAGGAAUGUAGAGUUUGGUGA